AUGCGCCCCACACUCGUCCUCACCCAGCUGGCAUUAUGCGCCUCGCCAGCAUUAGCUUUCUAUCCAUGGAUGCCGAAAUGGCUCGCGGAACAGAGCAAGAGGAGCAUCGAUGAUUCAAGACCCAAUGGUGUAAGCAGCUUAAGGAAGUUUGGCAUCAAGCAACGUGGAAACGGGAUUACAAGCCCAACACCCGAAAGAUUGUCGCGGGAAGUAAAUCGCUUAGCAGAGAAAUAUGCUAGUCGGCAGGCCGAUGGCAUGGACGAGGCCUCCUUAGCCUUGAGAACCAACAAUUAUAACGUUAUGGUCGCCAAAGAAUCCGGGAAGGAUAUGACCACGGGGAUCGACCAAGAUGGUACAGAUUACUCUUACUUCAUAGGCGCAAACUUCGGAUCAGGCGGCAAGGAGCUCUACUUGCUCCUCGACACCGGGGCUGGUUCGAGUUGGGUUAUGGGAACCGAUUGUACCUCAAAGGCAUGCACUCUACACAACUCCUUUGGCUCCAAAGACUCUAGCUCUCUCACGGAUAGCGGCAAAGACUUCUCGAUAACCUACGGUUCCGGAAAAGUCAAGGGAAAGAUCGUGACCGACAAGAUUAGCGUGGCGAGGAUGAACUUGACCUAUGAGUUUGGUAUUGCGUCAGAAACGUCCGACGAUUUCGUCAACUUUGCCUUUGACGGAAUCCUGGGUCUCUCCCGGAACAACGGUGCCAAUCAAAAUUUCCUCAGCGCAAUCAAGACGUCCGGACAGAUUAAGGAAUCAGUCUUUGGGGUUUCUCUUCACCGUGCAUCCGACGGAGACAACGAGGGCGAAAUCAGCUUCGGAGGGCCUGACAGUGACAAGUACACUGGUGAUAUCACAUAUACCGCGACGGUCCAAGGAAAAACCGACUGGGCUAUUCAGAUCGGUGAUAUGGCUUAUGAUGGGAAAAAGGCCAGCGUCGGUGGAAUUCCUGCUUACAUCGACACCGGAACCACUUACAUGUUUGGUCCAAAGGACGUGGUUAAGAAGCUUCACGAUACGAUUCCCGGGUCCGAGUCUUCUGACGGAACGUCAUUCAGAGUUCCCUGCGACAGCAAGGACUUGUCAUUUACCUUUUCGGGUGUCGACUAUACCGUCUCUGCCAAGGAUUGGGUAUCCCCUCAGAACAAUGCUGGAAAAUGCACGAGCAAUCUCUAUGGCCAAGAGGUUGUCAAGGGGGCCUUCCUGCUCGGUGCAUCAUUCAUAAAGAACGUCUAUGUUGUAUUUGAUGCCGAGAAAGGACAAAUCGGUUUGGCUAAAAAAUCGUCCGAGAAGUCUGGUAGUCUAUCAGUGACUUCUACCACCACAUCAUCCCCGGCUACGGCAACUGUCACAAGUAACGGCAACACCCUUGCCACCACCGUCUCAUCUGCAACACAGACCAGCUCAGGAUCUGAAGCAUCCAGCACAAAGGGUGCUGACGCGGACAGCGCAGCAGAUAAACCAGGCUCAUCGCCUCGAUUUUACAGCAACACUGGACUUACGUUGGCUGUCAGUGUCGUGACUUUGUUCACGUUGCUGCUGUAG